UUGUAAUCUAUCUCUGCUGGUGUCUUUACCAUAUCGUCUGCGUAAAGAUGAAAGCAAUUAGAUCUAUCUGCUUCGUUAUGCUAUACUUUGCCUUAGUCUGCAAAGGUGAAGAAGAGAUAUGCAUGAAGAAUGAACCUUGUACCAUCACCCGUGUCAUCCCAUUCUAUCAACCUGGAGUGUACCAAUGUACCAUCAAUGAUGAACUCACUUAUGAAAUCGAUACGUACGACAAUGUACCGGAAGUGAUGAUUGUAGACAGCCACAGCAAGUUCAUUAAUGUCACAACACAGACAAUCAAUGGGGACAACUUGAGAAUUGUAGUUGUGGUAAAACUAUACGACAACAAGCUGGAAGGGGAGUGGAAAAUAUUAUUCGGAGAUAAAAUACGGAUUAAGUUCAGAGUGAUAUUCACAGAUGACGCUAACCUACGAAGAACAGUGAUUGCAUAUAAAGAAUUUAACAAAAAACUAAACUUUCUACUUGAUGGUCAAAAGACGCUUGAGGCUAUGAUUAAUCGGACACUGGACGGUCUAGAGAACGCUGAAUAUCUGAUCAAAAAACAAGUCAAGAAUAAGGAAACAGUAGGUCCCAGAAAAGCAGCUGUUAAAAAUACUGAUCGG